GUUUCGUUUUCUUGAAUCUGAACGAAGACUAAAAACGCUCUCUUUGACACCUAAGCUUAUAGCAAAUCUAUCAACCCUUCUCUCUCUCUCUCUCUCUCUCUCUCUCUUUUAAGUUUCUUCAGGGUUUUUUAUUUUUCACGAGGGUUCACACUUGUUUUUCACACCGUUUCCAUAGAAAUCUUUGCUUUUUUUUCCCUCUCUCCAUCUUUUCUUCUUUUCUGUUUCUUUUCGGAUCAAUAAUCCUUUUGGUGGGUGCAAAAGAAAGACUUAAUAAUCUUGCGGCUUUGUCGAGUUUGCGUGUGAUAGUUGUAAUGGAGGGACACCUUCACCAUCAUCAUCAUCAUCUUCAGCAGCAGCAGCAGCAGCAGCAGCAAUAUCAUCAGCAACAGCCUAUUAGUGUUAACGUUGAUACUGAUAGAUUUCCUCAAUGGAGUAUUCAGGAGACUAAGGAGUUCCUGUUGAUCAGAGCAGAUCUAGAUCGAAGUUUCAUGGAGACCAAGAGGAACAAGCUACUUUGGGAAGUUAUCUCUACGAGGAUGAGGGAAAAGGGUUAUAAUCGAAGCGCUGAACAGUGCAAGUGCAAGUGGAAAAACCUCGUUACUCGAUACAAGGGAUAUGAAACAAUGGAAGCAGAAGCUAUGCGGCAACAAUUCCCAUUUUACAAUGAGUUACAGACCAUAUUCUCGGCAAGGAUGCAAAGUAUUCUAUGGUCAGAAGGUGAAGGCGCAGCGACCGGCUCGAAAAAGAAGGCGUUGCAGCUAACUUCAGAUGAGGAAGAAGAUAUGGAGGAAAACGAGUUAGAUAAGAGUAGCGUUAGGAAGAAGAAAAAAGGUAAAACGGAUGCAGGUAUUGGUGGAAGUACAAGCGGAAGCAGCAAUAAUAUAAAGGAGAUUUUAGAGGAUUUCAUGAGGCAGCAGAUGCAGAUGGAAAUGCAAUGGAGAGAAGCGUUCGAGGCAAGGGAAAACGAAAGGCGGUUGAAAGAGAUGGAAUGGAGACAGACCAUGGAAGCAUUGGAGAAUGAAAGGAUAAUGAUGGAUAAAAGAUGGAGAGAAAGGGAAGAGCAAAGAAGAAUGAGAGAAGAAGCUAGGGCUGAGAAGAGAGACGCUCUCAUCACAGCACUACUAAACAAGCUCAGAAGAGAAGAUCACAUAUAGACAAGUCAGCUACGAGCAGAUCACUUGUUUAAUUUUCAUGUUUUUGGAGAAGAGGAAGCUUUAUUUGAGAGGUUUGUCCUAGAACUCUCUUUCUAUGAGAUCGAUAUCUUUUUAGUUCUAUGGAUUUCUCUCUUCUGUUUGCCCACUGAGGCUUGAUCUUUUGCUAGGAAAAGAGAGCUUCCACUAUAUUGUUAUUUUCUUCUCAUGCCAUUCUGUUAUCAUUAAGAGGUGACCAUGAAAGCACAUUUCAAAAGCACCAUGAAUAAAAAGCUUCAAGAUCUAGAUAUGUCUUGUUGGUAGUUAAAGAAAUUAAAAAAUCUACGCAGCAAACGAUCCACAAGCGAUAGUGUUUCGAGAUGGAACAACAUAUAGAUUCAUAGUGGACACUUUUGGAAAUGGUCCAUUCUUGCUAAUGCCUCUCGACUUCUUCAAAGUGUCGUACCUUUCACUUACAUACAUGGACCAAUCUCUUCAUAUAAAUGUCGACCCUGGGUCUGCAUGUCUAGUGCUAUCCAUACACAUUAAUGAACGCAUUUGUGGGAGCUUCAAUCCCACAAGUUUAAUUGACUAAUGAGUUAAAUGAGUGAAAAAGAUGGAUACCAUAUGGGAGCCAUACUCUUUAAAAUGAUUUCCUUCCACGCAAAACUAAAACAGGCAAUAUUUGUCAAGGAGAUGGACGAAAGAGUCCUAUCUUGAAAAUAUAGGAGUAGGUUGAAGCGAAACGAGAUCUAGCGGAUUUUUGACAUGUUUAAGCAUGGCUUCUUACAUUUUAAGUUUAGUACUAACUACCUAGCUCAAGUUAUGGCUUAAGCUAAAUAAGCUAGAUUUUGUUUAUUUGUUACCCACAAAAGUAAUUGUUUGAAUGUAUUAUACAUGAAUUGUUUAUAUAUAUAUAUAAUAUAUAUAUAUAUAUGGAUUAUUCAAGAGCCCGAUUUCUAUUUAUGUUCAUACUUGUUAAAAACAAGUCUUUAUUUAACUGGUUGUAUUUGUCUCGUUGUAAGUUGAGCUUGAGGGGCUUGUAAUGCGAGUUUUCCUUGUUCAUAUUGUCUCUAUGAGAAUAAUUCAAUACGACUUAUUUCUUAAUUAAUUAUAUUCCUAUAUAUUAUGUGAUGUGGACUUAAAUUUAACUUAAAGCUUUACCAUAUACAUGCAGAUAUAUAUAUAUAUAUAUAUGCAUAUGGAUUAAGCACAUUUCUUUAGAUUCAAUCAAAAAUGUUUUAAGGUAUGAUAAUGACUAUGUUAUUUAGGUAAAUUUACAUGCACUAAAUCUAACAAACUACUUAUUUAGAAUCAAGAAAAAGAACUUUGGAUCUAAUAGCCAUUAGUUAAUGGAGUUCCUUAAUUUCUAGCUAAAAGCUCUUUUAUUUAAUUUGAAAUUAAUACUUUUAAAAAUGAUGUGAGGAUCUUUGUGCAAUAAUUAACUUCAGGAUUUCACUUUCUUGGUGUUAAAAACAUUUUGUGUUAGUGGUAAGAUCGUCAUAACCAAUGGAUCAACAUGUGGGGUUGUUUUCUAGGUUUACCUAUGAUAUAUUUUCCAUUCUACCUUAUCUAGCUAGCACCAUCAAACAUGAAAAGAAAAAAAUCAUGGUGACUGGGUACAAGAAUUCCUUGUAGUAUUGAAUACAUUUAUGAUAUAGUACUAUAUUCUUUUAUUUUUUUGAUGAAGACAGUGAAUUAUUGUUAGACCCUCAUGAUUUGUAUACUUCGAAUGGUGUAUGAUCAAUUCAGUGAAAGUAGUGGUAGCAUUGUUAGGCUGACCCAAGUUUUUUUUUUUAAUCAUUUAUGGAUUAUCAAAGACUGAUGUCCAUGGCUCCAUGCAUGCUCAAAAUGAUGUUAUAGAUGUACUGGAAAUUAAUUGAUUAGUUGAUUAUAAAUGGGAUCGAUGUAUAUAUGUUAAUACUAUAUGAAAUUGUAUGAAAGCGAGCAGUGAGUCUUCAUGUGAAUAAUUUCAAUAUAAUUGUCUGCUUGAGUCUGUUUUUCACACCUCACAGCACUUUUGCUCUCUCUGAUUAUUUGCAAGUGAUUCAGGUAAUUAAUAUUUUGCUGACUGUUGAUUUCCUGAUCAGUAAUUAUGGCUCUCGACAAUAUUCUUUGCAUGUUUAGUAGCAUUAAUGGAUCCAUAUGACUCUAAUAAUGAUGAUUUCUCCUUUAUUUUCUUAUAAUCUUUUCAACAACAUGUUUAUUGUAGUGGUAUCAUUUCUUCUUUUUUUUUUUUUUUUUUCCUGUUUACACUUUACACCACUGCCCUCCUUGCCAAUUGACCAUAUUUUUCUGUCUGCAAAAAUAUGAACUGGUUCCAUUGUUGUAUAGAUGAAGUUGCAAUAGCCACAGUUUUUCCCACUACAGCUUUUAUCAUCACAGCCAGAUGUCUUAAUUUUGGCAAUCAACGGCAAAUAAUUGUACUGUGUUUUUUUGAAUAUCUUUAUUUGAUUUGAUUUUCAUAUGGAUUCACUUAUUCGCUGGUUGGACAUUGGAGACAACCAAGCUUCACAGAAUUUCACCGCGUAAUCCAGCAAUAUGUAUUGAGAGUUGAGACAUCACAAAAAAGAGAAAAACAUACUUCAAAUUUGCUGGACAGCUAGCUGACGCUAUAACCGUGUUUCUUGCAUAGAGAGACGUAAUGAUACUUAUAAAAUUCACCGACGUCUAUAUCUAUAUCUAUAUAGUGC